AUGCUUUUCCCUAUCUUAGCGUUAGCCUCGGCUCUUCUUGUAUCGGCCAAACUACAAGUGAAACCAGAAGGAAUGGAUUUUGCUUCGUGGCACAUGCAGCAAGUACAUCAAACAGAGCAGUACGAUUCUGAUGCCUUCUUCUUAAUCCAUGACUUGACCGGCACCAAGACCUGGAGCAAAGAAGAUAUCUUGAACUUAUACGGAUUAAAAAGGCAAGAUGUGGUGGGAGAUGGUUCCGGUGGAGGAGAACACGAGCAUGAUCACGAGAUCAUCAGUGAACAAGUUAAAGACCAUGUAGCGAAAACAAUUCUCGGGAUGAUUGAUCCUAAUAACGAUGGAAAGGUCACUUUGAAGGAAUGGCAAGCAUUUGUAGCUUCUAAGAAGCAGUUGCCUGAUUUUGGAUAUGGUCCAGGUUACCAUCUAGAUUUUGAAGAGGAAUAUGAAGAGAAACACUGGAACCAAUACCAUCGUGAUGCUGAUCCAGACGUCCACAUCAAACAUAAAGAAGAUAUUGAACACGAAUUACUUCACCACGAGCACGAUAUUGAAUUGACUCAUGAUAAGUCCCCUGAAAUCAGAAAGAUAGCUGAUGAUUUCCUCUCUGAGAUCCGUUUAGCCAAUGUUGCUGCUAAGUAUCUUAUUCAGUAA